GCGUCGCGUGCCUACAUAAAAAAAAGUUAUACACAAACAACAUGGUGGAUCAGCUGUUUUCGUUUUUCUCAAAUCUGAAUUUGUUUUCAUAAAACGACGCCUUGAUAUGGUAUCAUAGCCAUGUGUGAAUUAAAAUGGGCUCAAUCGCAUCGGUGCUGCAAUGGCAUUGUCAGACGUGCGGCCAGAUCAACCCAACAGAGAGUGUGAAGUGUUUAAAAUGUGGUACAAAGCGAGUAUCGAGUCAUGACAGUGAAGUAUUUAAAGAAAAUUGUCGAGAUUCAUCACCGGAAUAUACCUCGCGGACUGGAAAAAGCGAAGGAACUACACCUGGCUCCGAAGCGAUCGUCAUACCAACUGAAAAUAGCUUUAACAGCGGAUGGUCGUGCGUGGGUUCGGCCCCGGAGGCGUCGCGCGCGUGGCGCUGCGCUUGCGGGCUGCGCAACGUGUCCGCCGCCUGGCGCUGCGCCGCCUGCGACGCGAUCGCCCCACAUGCGCCUGUCUACAGGCUGUCUGAUGAUGAGGAUCAAGCUUCAGGGAUGACGGACAAGGAAAAGUCUGCUAAAGACAACACUAUGAUAAGGUCCAACACCCUAGCAGUCCCAUCAUCUUAUAAGCCCACAACGAGCUAUUCCGAUGGCAGACGACUGAACCUAGAUUUGCAGUCUCUCCGACUAUCCCCCACACAAUUGACGGACCAAGCGCAUGGCGUGACUCGCUCCUUAUCUCACGGCUCCGUCAUCAACUCCCAGCAGAAGUGGUGGAAAGUCGACGAGAGUGGACGAGGGACCAUAAACAGACCCACAAGUUUAAUGGUCUCCGAAAGAUACGGCCAGUGCAAUCCCCGAGAGUCGUUCCUCAGAAGCUUACAUACGGUGACCAGAAGACCCAAAAAGUGUAACGAAAGCAAAUCCAAUUGGGAGCUCAAUUAUGUCAAAGAGUACCAAAGGGAGCAAAGUAGGGGUCUGCAUUUGAAGAAGUGGUCAUGUAGUAAGUGUACACUGGAGAAUUCGGGGAUCAGGACGCAUUGCGAAGCGUGUCUGUCGCCUAGAGUGUCUCCUUUAGCGAGGAUUCCUAACGCGAGAGGUCUUAGUGUGACCACUUUGGGCAGGCAUGAGACUGCGGCGGGCAAAGAUGGUGCUACGUCACUGCCUACGUCUGGAGGCGUCAUGAUCACUGUCCCAGACUGGCCGACAGGGAGUACAACGCUAGGAGCGUCAUUCAGAAGGUCAAUUAGCGCACAAAACUCGCCAGAAAUCCGCCCGACAUACCGACGGUCUUUUUCAGAACAAACGAAUGCGGAAAGACCAGUCGGAAAAGUUAUUUCUAGCCGGAGAAGUCUGAAUGACUAUCAGAAGUCUUUAGCUAGUUACUGCGGCAGUCUACCGAAGACUGACGUACGGAAAGACCCGAAGAUAGACGAGAACAGUGCCGAAUUGAUAGACAAGGAGUGCAGUUGGGACACGAAUGCUGAAGGGGUGAUUUACGCUCUUCCUAACAAAGGGAAGUAUAAGGACUUGAAUCUUCAGCUGCAGGUGAACAAUAACGGGACGAGGUACUCCUAUGUAUCAGUCCAGGAUACGAAGACGGUGAUGAGUAACUCGCAGAACGAGGCUUUGUACCAAAACGACAUAAGUGACGGUGAUUAUGCUCGUAUAGACGAGUUGUUAGGUGCUGAGAACUGCAUUUCGCCAGUGAAUGAAGUGGCUUCCAAUAUAAGGACGUCGCAUAUAGGACCGGCGAGGGAUCCUAAGGUGUUUAACAUGCUCCCUUCUGUGGGCAAAGUGUCCCAUAACCCGAGGGAGCCGAAUAAAGUGCCUUCAACACAGCAAGCCACUCGUGAGAGCCGCAUGUGGCAAUGCAGCGAGUGCUGGUUCGCGUACAACGCGUGGUGGGCGCGGUGCUGCGACGUGUGCCGCAGCGGCCGUCCGCCUCACGCCGCCGUCACGCUCGCCACCAGGGAUGUUGUUGAUGCUCCUCAUAAUAGUGCACGACCAACAAACACGACAUCAGAAGCGUGCAGCAGUAAGGUGGAGAUAAACAGAGAGCCCAAGAAGCUGACCGUGCCGAUCGCCUCGCUAGAUCAUGAUCUGAACAGUGACGAGCUGCUGUUUGCUGUUGAUACAACCCCGGCCCCCGCUGUACCAGUGGUGACGUGGUCGUGUUCGCGGUGUACGCUGGUCAACGAGUCUACCGCCGCGUCUUGCGCCGCCUGCGCAGGAUCUAGGCCGCAGCCGCAUAACUUCUGGUCAUGCAGUUCGUGCACUCUACAGAACCCGUUGUCCGCGAGUUUAUGUCUGGCGUGCAAGACGCCGCCCGUACCCAAGCAUGGUCUUACUGUACCUGUUACUGAAGCUAAUCAUGGCGCUGCGGGUCGCAGUCCGUCCCCGCGGCGCGGCGCGGGCGCGGCGCGGCGGCGCGCGGAGCGGCGCCCGGACCCGCCCGAGCCCAAGUACGUCAACCUCAGGCCAGAAACAACAGAAUGGCCGUGUUCGGAGUGCACGUACGUGAACAGUGGGUCUGCGGCGUCGUGUGAGAUGUGCCAGUCGCCCAAGACGAGGCUGUUGCCCGCCGCGCCAGACCAACCGUCCUUGGAUGAUGAGGAUUCUCCGGAAGGAUCAGAUGGAGAAAGACAAGAGAGUACUCCUAUGGAAAUACUGAGACUGAGCGAGGAGAGUCACGCGUGGACGCAGUGGCAAGAAGUGCUAGCACAGUGUGCCACGACGGGAGAACCAUACGUAGACUCAACAUUCCCGGCCACAUCUCGGUCCUUAUACUACGUGGGUGGGUUGGAGGCGGGCGCCGCGGCGCGGUGGCUUCGCCCUCACCAGAUCCACGUAGAUGCGGACCCUCGGAUGCCGUGGGUCGUCUUCCGGGACCCACGACCUUCGGAUAUCUCGCAAGGUGUCCUCGGCAACUGCUGGCUACUAUCAGCUCUAGCAGUCCUCGCAGAACGUUCGUCGUUAGUACGCGGCGUAGUGGUACGCGGGGAGCCGAGUGUCGGCGCGUAUCAGCUCAGACUCUGCAAGGACGGGAGAUGGCUUACUGUUACUGUGGAUGACUUACUGCCCGCUAAUAAGAAGGGACACCUUGUAUAUUCUCAGGCUAAAAGAAAACAGCUAUGGGUGCCGCUAAUAGAGAAAGCCGUUGCUAAGUUACAUGGAUGUUACGAAGCGUUAGUCUCGGGAAGAGCUAUUGAAGGUCUGUGCACACUGACGGGUGCUCCCUGCGAGUCUGUAUCCCUCCAAGCUGGCGGGGCCGGUGGCGCCGGGGGCGGAGCACCCUUGGAGCAGCUGGACCGAGACUUAGUAUGGGCUCAGCUGUUGUCCUCGCGACAGGCCUGUUUUCUUAUGGGGGCUAGCUGUGGCGGGGGUAAUAUGAAGGUCGACGAAGAAGAAUACCAACGCCUCGGCCUGCGCCCCCGGCACGCGUACUCCGUCCUCGACGUGGUGGAAGUCUCAGCUGAAGCCGAGAGCCCCACGCGGCUGCUCCGGCUGCGCAACCCCUGGGGGCACUACACGUGGCGCGGCGCGUGGGGCGCGGGCUGCGCGCGGUGGACGCCGGCCGCGCGGGCUGCGCUGAGGCAGUUGAAGCAGGCACACCAUAUUGAUAGGGAUCAGGGCGUCUUUUGGAUUAGUUUUGAUGAUGUUUUGAAAUACUUCGACUGCAUAGACAUAUGCAAGGUCCGUGUGGGCUGGCACGAGGUCCGACUCGCCGGCAUCCUGCCCCCCAUGUCCUCGACCCGACACCUGACCUGCCUGCUGCUCACUGCCAGCCAGCCUACUGAAGUGGACUUCACGCUCUUUCAAGAGGGACAGAGGAACUCAGCGAAAAGUCAACGUUCGCAGCUAGACUUAUGCGUGGUCGUAUUCCGCACGAAAUCCGGCCCUAGUGCGCAAGUUGGCAAAUUGGUUGCGCAUAGCAAAAGACAGGUACGGGGCUUCGUCGGCUGUCACAAAAUGUUAGAAAAAGGCUUCUACCUAGUCGUAUGCCUAGCUUUCAACCACUGGCACACAGGCCUAGAACUAGCCGACAGUUCGGCCUGGCCUAGGCACGUGUUAGCCGCCCAUUCGUCCAAGCCUCUCUCUGUAGAGAGGCCUUCGUUACACCCGCAUAUACUGGCCGAUGCGAUAAUAGGCCUGACGCUAGCGAGAGGCCAGAGGCAUGAAGGGAGGCAAGGCAUGACUGCCUAUUAUUUGACUAAGGGCUGGGCCGGUCUAGUAGUGAUGGUGGAAAACCGGCACACAGAUAAAUGGAUUCACGUGAAGUGUGACUGUCAAGAGAGCUACAACGUGGUGUCCACUAGAGGUGAACUCAAAACUAUCGACUCCGUUCCACCUUUACACAGACAAGUAAUCAUCGUCCUAACGCAACUAGAAGGCAGUGGCGGAUUCAGUAUCGCGCAUCGACUGACACAUCGCUUAGCCGCCGGGGCGCGGCUGCAGGACUGGGCCCCGCGCGCCACUGACGAGCCGCGACACCGGCCCCCGCUCGCACGCCGCCUCUACGGCCUGCACGCACCCAGGCUCAUCACAUAGGGGGCCCAUAUACAUCCCUAACUUCGCCACUGAAUAUAAAGAACGUCGUCAUCUCCCGAGCCUUCACCCAACUAUGUUGGAGUCGGCUUCCAGUCUAACCGGAUGCAGCUGAGUACCAGUGUGCCACAAGGAGCGACUGCCUAUCUGUCCUCCUCAACCCAGUUACCCGGGCAACCCAAUACACCUUGGUUAGGUGGUGUCAGACUUACUGGCUUCUGACUACCCGAACUGUCAAAUCAAGGAUGUGGAUGAAGUAACGACGGUCAACGAUGUUCAAUGACAGCAGCAGUAUAUGAAGAACAUUUAUCAUUGUCGUAAUAUAAUCGACUUUAUUAACAUUUAAAUGUAAUCUCAAAUUAAUCAAGACAGCUGUGGAUUAAAACAACUGUAUGCCACAGUUGUGUUAAUUGAUUUUAGAUUAUAUUUCAAUAGAGAAAGAGUCGAUAAUAGUUUGUCAAUGAAAAAGGCUCUGUGCUGAACUCCGCGAACUGUAAGACGGUCGCUACUUACAUCGAUAAAAAAAGUUGGUAACGAAAAAUGUAUACUUAACAUCAUUGAUCAGUGAACUAAAAUUGAGUAAAGGUCUUAUGAUUUAUUUUUUGACAUACGUCCCUAUCGAAAAAUUUAGGCACAUUGGAUAACAAAAGCGAUUUUUACUGAUAGAGUACUCAUUUUAAUAGACCUUAUUCACAAAUAUUGACUACCGGAAUAAAUACAUUCUAAUAAACUGUGCAAUGCUAACUGCCAUACAUAGGUGCUCGAAAGAUUACCAAAAAAAUGUGUGCUAAAAUAAUACUCAUCUCCGAACGAAAAUUUUAGCUUUCGUUAAUAUAUGCCAUUUUCAACUUUAUGUCAAUUGCUUGAAAUACGAUCUAGAGGCAUACCAUUUGAAAGGAUACGUAAAAAGGUCAUAAGACUCGUUUUACUAUGAACCCAAAUAUGAACUUUCAACUGAAGAAAUAAUGUAUUGAAUUGACAGAAAGAAAUUAUACGUACGGAAGAAAACUUAAAGGAUUGCAAAAAUGACUUACAUAUGUAUGUGUUAAGAUACAUAAUAGAUAAACAAAUAAAAUAUAAAACUUUGGACUUCACAUCAAUUUGUACCAAAUGUAACAGUGAAGCAAUUUGAAUCAGUUUCUUGAAGUAGAAUUUGCAAAAAUCAGCUUUAACUAUAAAGGAAUAUGGUCUAAUUACAUUUGGUACUAUUGACGAAAAACUUAAAUAGUUACAUACUAGGCCUAUAUCGCUAAAGACACAUAAAAUAGCUAAGUAUUAAUAUUUUUUCUACUACACUAAAAUAUACUCCUAGAAAUUACACUUCCGGCCGAAUAAAUGUAAACAGUAUGCAUUUUUAUUCAAUUUUAUAUUCAGCCGGGUAAGGAAUAUGCGAUAGAAAUGCGAAACGCACCGAGUGUUAUUUUGACAGAAACUAGUAUAAGUACACAGUUGUAAUAAAAAAAUAUAAAAUUGUAGAUUUCGCAAUAAAUCUAGUGAGAUGUACUUAGGUAUUUGUUUGUUUUUUCUAUUUAUUUUUACAAAAGCGUUUUGCGAAAUUUACAUUUUUUUGCUAACGAUAAGGAUAUAUCACGUAGAAUGUAAAUUUUAAGGCAUUAUCAUUAUUGUAUAAAAAUCUCUUGUAAAAAAAGCAAUGAUUUUUUUAAUCAUUAAUGAUAAAAUAUCGAUCGUUGUAACGUAGUUGUUAUUUAUACUUAAAUGUAUAACUUAAAAAAAUCACGUUCCGAGUAUGCGAAUCUCACUGAUCGAUUGAGUGGCAAUCCCUAGUUUUUAACGCCCAAAAACAUAGAAUUACGACUGAUACUAGACUUUUACAAAUUUUACUUUCCUAAUGUUCAUAAUUUUUUACUAAAAUUCUCGGAAUAAUGUUGAAAGGUUUGAUUAGAUGUGAAUCCUCUUUGAUAUAAAAACUAUGUUUAAUACAAAUAGAUAUUAAUUUAGAUGAAUUAUGCUAAAUUAUUAACUUAGCGUGCGGCGGUUAUAUGUUAUUAAGAAAUGCUUGUAUGUUUGUUUCAUUAGAAAAACCUUUGGUAGACAAAAACAUGAUAAAUUUCAGUCUUCGCAUUAGAUUUAUUGAUUUAGUUAGGAUAUUAAUAAAAUUUAAAUUACUUUGCUGUGGGACCUAAAUUACAUUCCCUGACAGUGAAAUUAAUGAAUUAGGAUUUUUAAAAUAUUAAAUUUACUUUUUUUUAUUUGGAAUUUUGCGUGAUUGGAUCUGAUCCACUGGUUCGUUUUUACACUGUGUGUUAUAAAAAGUCUUGACUGAGCGUUUCGUACUUAGUGAGACAAACAAAAUUCACGAUUUUGUACGUAACAUAAAAUACACUCAGCGGCACGGUAUCUGGUAUCUGGCCCAAGCACAUUUAGGCCUUUAUAACCAUUAUUUAAAUGAAUCAUCGGACUUUUUUCUAUCCUAUCUUUUCAAUUACUUUUUUUUGGCUUAUGUUUAAACACCACCCAAAAAAGUACCUAUUUUACUACCAAAAAAAUUCUAAACGGUUACCGAAAUGGAUAAAUGGUCACCAAAUAACGUUUCCAAAAAUAUUAAUAGAUAAAACCAUUUUUUCGUAUUAUUGACUACUAAAAAAAUAUAUGGACGCCUUGAAAAUACACUUUAGACCAAAUAUUAUAUAUUGUCACUACUUACAUGUUACCAAUUAUGUAAUACCAUGACUCCUAAUUUGGUCAUUUUUGUUAGACUAAAAAAGCUAACGAUCGCUAGAAUAUUUCCCAAAUACCAAUUAAUAUACUAGGGUUCCCAAACGUACGUCGCUUAUUUAUUGUUUUAUAUGAAUUUGUGUGUAACUCAGUGCGUUUAAAAUGUAAGCACGCAACAUGCAGCAAGCAUGGCUUCUGUCACGGCUCCGGCGCUGCAGGGCUCCGGCGGUCCCAUGCGAGCUUAUCGUCGCAGAUGGUUUUCACGCUCACCACCGCAGCUUCGGCUUGCUGGCCGGCUCCACCGGCCAGCUUCAGCCGCGGCGGCGAGCCUAAAAACUACCUGCUCCUCAGCUCGCAGGCCGCCUCGCCCCUCCGCGACUACGCGGUUUUGAAUUGCACUCUAGGGGUAGGGCAGACAAGACUACCUGGAGUUGGUUUUGCAGCGAUUCGUUUUCGACACUAACUUUGAUUUUUGGUAGUAAUAUUAAUCUUUUAGUUGGAUAGAAUUUGGUGACCAUUAAUCCAUUUUGGGAACCAAAAAUAAUAUGUGUGCGACAUUUGCGAUUUUUCUGAUGUUAUUUUAUUUUUUUUGGAUCAUAACAUUAUAUAUUUUAGUGCCCUUUUAAUAAAGUCAAUUUUUUUUUUUGGUGCUGUUUAUUUUAUUUGGUGCCUCAGCUUAGAGGCUUAAAAAUAUUUUUGGUGACCGCCUAAAUUAUACCCCUUUUUUUGGGACGUGCUGGGUACUUCGGCAAUUUCUAUCAAAAUUUAAAUUUAACUUCUGCUUUGUGUGAAUUAGAAUUUACAGCUAUCUGGGCUGAUAUCUACUUGUUUUUGUUUUGGGCCAAAUUCCGUGCAGCUGAGUGUAUAUCGUGUAAAUAUUAAAACCGCUUUACUAACUAGACGUAGGUUUGUAAUCUGAAAUGUUAAAUCGCUCUUACAAUGCAGUUUUAUGUGCAGUUGACAGCUGUAAGUUUGACAAUAUCUGUCAGAUUGACAGAAACUGUCAACUGCACGGUCAGACUGUACUUUAUUUUGCACUGAAGUGUAAAAAGACAAUUGAUAUUUUAUUAUUUGAAGAAGGUAUUAACUUUCAUUCCACUAAUACUCAUUAUUUUAAAAUUAAUUGUUAUUUUUUAAUUUAAAUAUUAAAAUGAAAUCUAGUGAUGCUAAUCUUGCCAUUACUUUGCUUUACAACGAUAUUAUUAAUGUUUUUAAUGAUUAUUAUUAUUUGAAUAAUUGGUAUUUGUUUAAAUAUAUGUUUUAAUUUUUGACUGUUUUUACUUUUAAGUGGCCUAAGUGCAAGAUUCGUGCAAUAUUAUAAAUGAUGUUAUCUCACAUGGAUUAGUGAGGACAGUUUACACUUGCUGGCACAAAAAACUGCACACCGGGGCGUGUGUUGUUAUUUCCAUAGUUAGUACUUGACAAAUAAGUCUCGAAAAUGUAAUAAAAAAAGCAUAAAAUAAAAACUUUUUGUUAAUUUUGUGACAAUUACUAACUAUGGAUUGUAUUCGCGCUGACUAUAAAUAUAAAAAUAGUUAGUAGUUUUGGAUCGCAUAGUGUUUUGAUAUUACGAUAAUACCGUGCGUCACCGGUUCUAUAGAUACACGGCUGUAUAUUUUUACACUUGUGCAUCAUCAAUAAUAAUAUGUAUACAUUCACACGUUAAAAACUCCAUAAUUAUGUAAACUGUAUACUUCUAGAAGUGGCUAGUUUCAGUGCACUGUAAAUUAUAAUAUGGGCUCAUUUUAUUUGUCUUUGAGUGUAAAUUAUCUGGACACAGUAUCAAGUCUAGAAAACUCUCUGAAAAAUCGAAUAAAAAAAACUAUUUUUUUUAAGUCUGUUAAAAAUAUUUUUAGAGUGUAUUGGAACUAGCCAUAUUGUCAUCUUCCAUACUUUUCUUACAUCUUAACAUUUUUGUAUAACUAUUUAAAGGGAUAUAGUGUUUUCUUUUAUUACAUUUACUUGUAAAAUAGUGCCAUAUUUAAUAUAUUGAAAAAAUGUAUCCCUUUUAUUUACGAUCGCUUCAUUUGUGAACAGUUUUAUGAAAUUUUCGAUAAAAGUAAUGUUUGUGCUCAAAACAUUUGUAAAACAUAUAUUGACGACAUGGUUUAACUUUAAGCCUUUGUACCAGUGAGAAAAUUAGACUUAUUUUACCCAUUUGUCUAGAACAUAAACCACCUUAUUAUAAAACGUGGUCUAAAAAAAAAACGUAUUUAGUACUAGGUAGUUUCAACUGUGUUCGAAGUUUAGACCUAGUACUGAAGCCGGUACUUUCUUAGGACCACGUUUUAUAAUAAGGUGGACACAAAAUAAAAUAGAAUUUCUAUUUAUGGACUCUCAUAGUUUUUGCAUUUCCUCUUAUCAAAAUCAUCAAUAUUUAGGUUUAAAAUCAUCUUUAUUAUAAUUUCGUGAGUCCAAUGUACAAUUUUAUUUUUAACGUAAUAUUUUUUUACGGUGUGUCGAUAAGAGUGCACUGCAGUGUAUGAACUUUUUGAUAACAAUUUUAUUUAAUACUGUGUAAUUGUUUUUGUGUAGCAUAAAAGACGCUUAUUUUCAUGUUAGUCGUACGAGGAUGCAUGUUAAACUAUUUAUGAUAAGGUUAAGUAAAUAAAAUUAUUUAAAUUUG